AGAUGGCCGCUUUCAGGUUUCUCUCGGAUUUCAAACGCAAUCUAGGGUUAUCUCACAUGACGAACGCGUUUUUAAAUGUUUUCUAGAUAAUAAGACAGUAUACUAUAUAUUAAUUAUCAUUUAUCAUAACGCUUUAGAAAACAAAAAAUUUUUAAUAACAUGGAGCCUAUGACUCUGGGAUCACCAAUGAGUAGUCCUAUCCAAAGUCCUGGUACUCCAGGAGCUUCUUCGGCAUAUUUACCAAGUUUCCUUUUGGGUGACACAAACACUCCGACAAAGAUCAACGUAAUGAGUCCUCAAGAUAAUCCACGCCAUUUGAAUAUCACCAAUUCUAGUUUAAUAUCGGCAAGUUCUUAUGGAACUCCAGAUUACCGAUCUAAUCGUCAAAAGGCGGUAUUUGGGAAUGCUACAACUCCUAGCACACCACAGAUGAGUGCAAAGAAUCAUACUGGAGGACCACCGACUCGUGGAUUGUUUGAUAGCUUGGAAGUCUCACAGGUGUCAUCGCCAUAUGUAUCAACUGCAAUUCCAUCUGCUAUGUCUACACUUGCAAAUCAGCCCAGACUUAUGAUGGAUACGAUAAACAGUCCACUGCUAUUUCCAGACAGUCCAAUAAAUUUGAAUACGAGCGAAUCACAGAGUUUGCUGCAAUGGGUAACUGUCUUUGGUUUCUUGCCUGCUGAUAUCAAUGCUGUUCUGUCUCAUAUCUCUAGUAGAGUUCGCAUAGUGGACAAACAUCCACCUCCGCAACCUCAAAGCAAUUGGAUACACUUGAAAUGUGCAUCGGAGCAGGAAGCACAAAGAGCUCUCACAUGCAAUGGCAGUAUCGUUUCCGGCUCGAUUAUGAUUGGUGUCAUACCAUGUACAGAUGAAGGCGUUAUUCUAGGCUGUUCGGAUAAAGAAAAUCGUAGUAAACUGAAUGGAAGCAUAAGAUCACUUUCAGUAGGCAGAAUCGAACGAGCUUCGUUUAAUGCAUCACCCACUAUGAAACGACGAAAGUUAAGAUCUCUGGCAGCGGGUUAUAACCAGCAUUUCAGUCCGCAAACUGCACAAACACCCGAGAAUGUUCCACAAAGAUCAAGUGGUCUAGUUUCCAGAGCAAUGGAAUAUAUGUUUGGUUGGUAAUUUUUUCUUCCUUUUGGUAAUUUGAUAUACUCUCUUUCUGAAUUUUAAUACUAUGAGGUAUAUAAAAAAUUAUUCAAAAAAAGAAUUAUGAAAGAUACCUUAACUUCUACAACAAAAAUUUUAACUCAAGUAUAUCAAAUU